UAAUUUUAGAGCUAUCGAAAUGAUCCAAAGGUUAAUGUCUUAUAGUAGAAUGUCCAAUGCAUCUUAAUAAUUACUCUCAAAAUAACUGAAUAAAACCUCUAAAAGCUAUUUCAGUUAGUCCUCUUAAUAAGGUACUUCAAACACUGAGCUUGUGAAAAUAUUUGCAGCAUUUUUCGGAAUAGUAGGUUUGGGUACUGGCGGAUAUGUUGCCUAUUAAAAUUCUUAAUAAUAAUAGAAGUAAGAAGCAAAAGCAAAACAGACCCAUAUAUCAAAUUAAACUAUUGACAAUUUGAGAUAAAAAUCUAUUGAAAACGAAGAGCAAAAAAAGGAGGAAAUAAUUACAAUGUUUUCAGAUGUUAAUGAUAGGAUGCUUAGAUAUAGAGGAGAUCCAACAAGUGAGAAGAUGCUUGCUGAUUAUACAAUAUAUGGGGAUUUGAAGUGGUUUGAAGUUGACCCUGAGGAAUGGGAGAAACCAGAAGAGGAAAUGAUUAUGAAGGAUGAGAAUGAGAUUAAUAAGCAUCCUAUUAAAAGAGCAUUGAUAAAUGAAAGAAUCACACAUGCUUUUGAAGCUGAAAGAAUAUUGUAAAGUAUUUUUGUAAAUGUAAAUGAUGUUCUUUCAGAAAUUGAAAGGACUGGAACUUACACUCCACCUGGAAUCUUCUUUAGGUUUUAUGGUUAUGUGUACUUCCAAAUCAGAAGAAAACCAAUUAAUGUUGAAAGUUUAGUAAAGGCCUAAAAAUAUAUUUCUCUAUUUGAUUUAUUCUUCUAAUAUUAAACACCUGUUCUAUACUAUCACAAUUAAUAUCUUGAAAUACCUUUAAAACCUGCUAUUUUUGAUAACAUUGAUUGGUUACCUAAUGCUUAUCUUAAUUCUAAACAAUAGGCAAAAAUUUACUUGACCGGCAAACCAAAACACGUAUUUUCUAUGAGAAUCAAAUAAGGAACAAUGGAUGAAUCUACUCAAAGAUUUGCAUGGACCAACCAUUACAAAUGAACAUUUAAAUACAAUACAUAAUAUGCAUUAUAAAUAUUCUUAUAUUAAUCA